AUGCAAACAGGCAAAAUGCUUGUACUUUCAGCGACUUCCGCCAACACAGCCAAAUCGAAUGUCAAAACAGCAGCCGAGACAGCGAAGAAAUCAGCGAAGGCUAUCAAAACUCCGACGAAACAGUUCUCAUGCAGCGGUGAUGCAUCGGCGAAAAAAUCUGCACAGCCUAAAGAAACAGCAAAGCUUGGAGAACCUGUCGAAAUUGAAAAAGUAAAAGAUCCUAAGCUGGCAUCUCAAAAGAAGAAUCCUAAACAAAUUACGAAGGAAGACUCUAAAAAGAGCAUCAUGAGUAACGCGGCAGAGGAAUCAAAAUUUGAAACACCCACAGCUGCGGAGGGGAAGGCGAAAGCUGACGCAGUUGAAGCGCCUAAGCCGAAGAUCCACUCACGGCAGUCCAGUAGCGCAAAGCUUUUGCCAAAAAGCGUUAAUGCAAAGGCGGAGGAGAAGCAACAGCCUGCUUCAAAAGCAGUGAAACAUGAGGAAGCCGUCACAGAAAAUCCUACUCAAGCGGAGAAGGCGAAUCCAACAAAAUUAGGGCUAAAGCCUAGUUCGCAGAAGCCAGCUUUGAAAGCUACCUCCAAAACGGCCAAACCAAUAAGCGAAGAUCACAAGCAGAUGAAAAUGUAUUGA